AUGCCGGCCGGCCGCUACGACGGAUUGGUGUCCCAAAAAAACGAGACCCUCCCCAACCUGCCCCCACCCUUCGCCAACCUCACUACCCUCACACUAAUGUUCGCCAAGAAGGGACUCAGCCAAACCGACAUGGUCGCGCUCUCCGGCGCGCACAGCAUCGGCCUCUCGCACUGCUCCUCCUUCCGCGACCGUCUCCAACCGCCGGCCAACGACAACUCCACCACGUCGAUGAACGCCACGUACGCUAGUAAGCUGACCCAGGACUGCCCCGCCGGCAGUGAUCCCACGGUGCCGCAGGACUACAAGACCCCCGACGUGCUGGACAGCCAGUACUACAGGAACGUGAUCGAUCGCAAAGUGCUCUUCACCUCCGACGCGACGCUCAUGACGUCACCAAAGACCAAGGACUUGGUAGAAAAGUACACUUAUUCGUUCUUCGGGUAUAGCAUUUGGUACAAACAUUUUGGGGAUGCCAUGGUGAAGAUGGGCAAUAUUGAGGUGAAGAACAGCACCAGCGGCCAGAUCAGGAACAAGUGCGGCUUCGUCAACGACCCCUACACUGGUUGA